AUGACGUCUAUUUGGCUUCGAGAACCUGAUCGGAUGCUGAAAGAGACCGGCCACGACUACAGCGAAAUCUUCCACGAAUCUCCUUCUAGCAGCGAGUCAAUGAACCGGCCGCCCAAGGUCGAGGUCAAGAAGCGCGUCAUGGACCAAGACCCAGUUGUCCGUUGGAGCUAUCUAGCUGCGUCAGAGGCUGUCGAUAAGGACGUCCGGCUUCUGGAGCUCAAUGGCGAGAUAGAAGCCGAUGAGCAAAUCACCAUUCCCUGGGACUUCCGGCUUCCACGCGAGGCUAGAUUUCGGAUGCUUCGCAUCCUUGGACUAGGGGAGGAAGACAACAGCGUGCUGGACGACGUGGAUGAAGAUGAAUACAGCAGCAUUGCUCGUGGCAACGGGGGCCACCAUAAGAAAAAGGCCGCGCGCAAGCCGAAACCCCAUGCGUUGUCGCCAACAAGCACCGGUCAUGCAACGAACAGUCGUGCUGCUAGCGAGGGCCACCUGGACGAUUUCGCUGAAAACGACAAGGCAUCAACAUCGUCGCGCAGCAAACCUCCUAGUCGAGAUAUGACGCCCGCUCCACGCCAGGGGUCCUUCGACACAUUGGGUAUAUUGACGGAGCCGACCGACCGAGACAAGAGGAAGGUAGCGAUGGUAGAAGUCUCGUUCCGGCGUUUGGAGCAGCAGCCGCCAAAGAAGAAAAAGCGAUUGUCUGAUGGCGGUGUUUCGGAGAAAUCGACCUCUAGUCACACCGGCCAUGCUGAUGGUCCCGAAGCCGAGUCGCCAGCCCGGUCGUCUUUGGCGACCGCGACACAAUUGGCAAGCUCGAAUGCUGUCAAAGACGACGCUUUGGUCAAAAUUCCACCGAGGAAAGCACCCGAUCUCCGAGUGCAGAUGCCGCAGGUGCCGGCUUUCAGCGACGCCAUUGCCUCGAGCUCAAUAUCAGUAGCGACGCCCGUGUAUAGCUCGUCGAAGGCGCAGUCGCCAUUGAGUGCAGCGAGUGCGAGUCCGUUCGGCUCGUUAGCCGUCAACGGGGCGGCCCUGGCAACGCCUAGCCCUGUUAAGAAGAAGAUGAGCCUGAGCGACUACACCAAGAGUCGCAAGGCUGCGGGUGGCCGUCCGUUGGUGGGAACGUCUUUGAAGCCGUCGAUAUCAGGUGCGGAAGAACCAAAGUCUGCUACGAGUGCGGAUGGCAUGGGCCUGGGCGACUCGCCGGCGGUCGGCGAGAAGCCGGGUGAUGCUUCCUCGGCGGCGAUGACGGUGGUGGCAACGCUCGUGGCUGGCUCAGAGUGA